AUGGCAGGACCCAGGCCAGUAGUUCUGAGUGUUCCCGUCUGGAGCAGGGUUUUAAAAAUGAGCACUCUGCUGAAGAGGCUUUGAGUGAAGGAUUAUGAAGGAGUCUUUGGCUUCAGCGUGUCCCAUACCACAAGGAAUCCCCGUCCUGGUGAAGAAAAUGGCAAAGAUUACCACUUUAUCAGCAGGGAGAAGAUGCAGGAGGGCAUCGAUAAUGGAGACUUCAUUGAGAAUGCUGAAUUCUCAGGGAACAUGUACGGAACAAGUAAGUCUGCUAUUGAGGACGUCCAGGCGCAGAACCUCAUCUGCAUUCUCGAUGUUGACAUCCAAGGAGUGAAAAACAUCAAGGAGACUGACCUCAACCCCAUCUACAUCUCUAUCCAGCCCCCCUCAAUGGAGAUCCUGGAAAAGCGUCUGAGAGACAGACAGACUGAGACAGAUGACAGUUUAGAGAAGCGUUUGGACGCUGCAAGGACAGACAUGGAGCUCAGUAAGGAACCUGGAUUGUUUGACCUGGUCAUCAUCAAUGAUGACUUAGAGGAAGCAUAUAAAAAGCUGAAAAGUGCUCUUAUGGAGGAGAUACAGAAGGUACAGGAUUCCAAAAAGGAUUCCAAGGAGGAUUCCAAGGAAGAUUCCAACGUGAUGGCAGGACCCAGGCCAGUAGUUCUGAGUGGCCCCUCUGGAGCAGGGAAGAGCACUCUGCUGAAGAGGCUUAUGAAGAAUUAUGAAGGAGUCUUUGGCUUCAGCGUGUCCCAUACCACAAGGAAUCCCCGUCCUGGUGAAGAAAAUGGCAAAGAUUACCACUUUACCACCAGGGAGAAGAUGCAGGAGGGCAUCGAUAAUGGAGACUUCAUUGAGAAUGCUGAAUUCUCAGGGAACAUGUACGGAACAAGUAAGUCUGCUAUUGAGGACGUCCAGGCGCAGAACCUCAUCUGCAUUCUUGAUGUUGACAUCCAAGGAGUGAAAAACAUCAAGGAGACUGACCUCAACCCCAUCUACAUCUCUAUCCAGCCCCCCUCAAUGGAGAUCCUGGAAAAGCGUCUGAGAGACAGACAGACUGAGACAGAUGACAGUUUAGAGAAGCGUUUGGACGCUGCAAGGACAGACAUGGAGCUCAGUAAGGAACCUGGAUUGUUUGACCUAGUCAUCAUCAAUGAUGACUUAGAGGAAGCAUAUAAAAAGCUGAAAAGUGCUCUUAUGGAGGAGAUACAGAAGGUACAGGAUUCCAAGAAGGAUUCCAAGAAGGAUUCCAUGGAGGAUUCCAAGAACGUGAUGGCAGGACCCAGGCCAGUAGUUCUGACUGGCCCCUCUGGAGCAGGGAAGAGCACUCUGCUGAAGAGGCUUAUGCAGGAUUAUGAAGAAGUCGUGUCCCAUACCACAAGUAAUCCCCGUCCUGGUGAAGAAGAUGGCAAAGAUUACCACUUUACCAGCAGGAAGAAGAUGCAGGAGGGCAUCAAUAAUGGAGACUUCAUUGAGAAUGCUGAAUUCUCAGGGAAAAUUAAGUCUGCUAUUGAGGAUGUCCAGGCGCAGAACCUCAUCUGCAUUCUCGAUGUUGACAUCCAAGGAAUGAAAAACAUCAAGGAGACUGACCUCAACCCCAUCUACAUCUCUAUCCAGCCCCCCUCAAUGGAGAUCCUGGAAAACCGUCUGAGAGACAGACAGACUGAGGCAGAUGACAGUUUAGAGAAGCGUUUGGACGCUGCAAGAACAGACAUGGAGCUCAUAGUUAAGGAACCUGGAUUAUUUGACCUGGUCAUCAUCAAUGAUGACUUAGAGGAAGCAUACAAAAAGCUGAAAAGUGCUCUUAUGGAGGAGAUACAGAAGGUACAGGAUUCCAAGGAAGAUGCUUCAAAUUCAGCUUCUGACACUGGGUGUACAAGCCUUAAGGACUAGCCUUUGAUAAGCAAUCAAAAUGUUGGUUUAGAGGUUCAAAGCAGUUAAUUCUGCGUGCUGCAUGAUAUUUUACAACCAACUUUGCCAGAGGAUUGGUCACCUAUACUAACUGAUGAUUUCUGAUGUAUAUAAGUAUAUAGUAUUAAGUAUAUAUAGUCUUUUGAUCCCGUGAGGGAAAUUUGGUCUCUGCAUUUAUCCCAAUCCGUGAAUUAGUGAACACACUCAGCACACAGUGAACACA